GCGUCCCUUGCUAGCUACGACCGACGAUAUCGUCGUCACCGCUUCGCUUCUCCCAGAAACGGAGAGAGGGGAGGAGGCGAGCAGAAGGCGAUGAGGGUGAGCCAUCUCCUCCUCCAUGGCGGUGUGUUCCUGCUGCUUCUUGCAGCCGCGGUUGUUCAGGCUCAGCGGGUAGCAACCAAGACUGAUCCGACUGAAGCGGCGGCGCUGAACGCGGUGUUCGCGAAGCUCGGGCAGCAAGCGGCGGCGUCAUGGAACCUCAGCGGCGACCCGUGCACCGGCGCGGCGACGGACGGCACCGACUUCUCCGACCAGAACACCACCGCGAUCAAGUGCGACUGCUCCGACCAGAACAACACCGUGUGCCAUAUCACUAGGCUGAAGAUAUAUGCCAGAGAUGCAGUUGGCCAGAUACCAGAAGAGCUGCAGAACCUCAAGCACCUAACCCAUCUUUUCAGGAAUUUAUCACAAAAUGUUUUGGCAGGGCCUAUACCGUCAUUCAUUGGGGAGUUGACUAAUAUGCAAUACAUGACUUUUGGCAUCAAUGCAUUAUCUGGACCUAUUCCAAAGGAGCUCGGUAACCUUACAAAUCUCAUAUCACUGGGUUUUGGCUCAAACAAUUUUAGUGGCUCCCUUCCUUCAGAACUGGGAAACCUGUUCAAACUUGAGGAAUUGUAUAUUGACAGUUCUGGCUUAAGUGGAGCACUACCAUCAUCGUUUGCCAAUCUUACAAGAAUGAAAAUAUUGUGGGCAUCGGAUAAUAAUUUUACUGGACAAAUACCAGAUUACAUUGGGAGCUGGAAUUUAACAGACCUGCGGUUGCAAGGGAAUUCUUUUCAAGGUCCACUUCCAGCCACUCUUUCUAAUCUUGUCCAAUUAACAAACUUACGAAUUGGCGACAUAGCAAGCGGAAUCUCCUCUUCACUGGCAUUCAUCAGUAGCAUGACAUCUUUGAAUACACUGAUUUUGAGGAACUGUAUGAUAUCUAAUAGUCUUGAAUCUAUAGACUUCUCAAAAUAUGCAAGUUUAACCUUACUGGAUUUCAGUUUUAACAAUAUCACUGGCCCAAUACCGCAAGCCCUGUUGAAUCUGAAUUCACUCAACUAUUUAUUUCUUGGGAAUAAUAGUCUUACAGGAAAACUUCCAACAUCAAUAGGACGUUCGUUCAGAGUUUUAGAUUUUUCUUACAACCAGCUUUCAGGAUAUCUCCCUUCUUGGGUUAGUGGGAAAGAUUUACAAUUGAAUUUGGUGGCAAACAAUUUUGUGGACAAUGAAUUAAAUAAUAGUAUCUUACCUUCAAUGCAGUACCUGAACUGCCUUCAGAGAAGUACACCCUGUUUUCUUGGUUCUCCAAAGACUGCCUCCUUCGCUGUGAACUGUGGUGGCCCUCUCACCUCAGGCUCAGAUAAUUUGCGGUAUCAAAGUGAUGAAGUCAAUCUUGGAGAUGCAUCAUAUUAUAUUACAGGAGAACCAACAUGGGGUGUUAGCACUGUUGGAAGGUUCAUGGAUGCAUCAAAUGGAGGUUACACAAUCCGCAGCUCGCGCCAGUUUCAGAACACAUUAGAUUCAGAAAUGUUCCAAAAUACAAGGACGUCAGCAUCAUCUUUAAGAUACUACGGUAUUGGACUUGAGAAUGGAAACUAUACAGUCACUCUUCAAUUUGCAGAGUUUGGGUUUGAAGACACACAGUCUUGGAAAAGCCUAGGGAGAAGGGUUUUUGAUAUAUAUCUCCAGGGUGAACGUAAGGAGCAGAAUUUUGACAUCAGGAAGGCAGCAGGUGAUAAAUCUUACACUGUUGUUAAGAGGUCAUAUAAAGUUCCUGUGACCAAAAACUUCGUUGAGAUUCAUCUAUUCUGGGCUGGCAAGGGUACUUGCUGCAUUCCUACUCAAGACAAUUAUGGGCCCUCUAUCUCGGCUCUGAGUUUAAUCCCUGCAGAUUUCACCCCGACGGUUAGUACUAGCAUUUCACCAGAAGGAAACAAUAAUACUAGUAAAGCAGGUGUGAGUACUAGUAAAGCAGGUGUAAUUGUUGGAGUUGUAGUUGGUGUAACAAUUUUAGGUUUGAUAGCACUUGCUGCAAUUUUGAUAUGGAGGCAGAACAGGAGAAAGAGAAAGUUAUCAUUGGAGCAACAAGAGUUGUACAGUAUUGUUGGAAGACCCAAUGUAAUCAGUUAUGGUGAGCUAAGGUCCGCAACUGAAAAUUUUAGUUCCAGCAACCUUCUUGGUGAAGGAGGAUACGGGGCAGUCUAUAAGGGUAAGUUAACUGAUGGAAGGGUAGUGGCAGUGAAGCAGCUAUCUCAAACAUCUCAUCAAGGGAAAGUGCAAUUUGCAGCUGAAAUACAAACUAUAUCCCGAGUGCAACACCGUAAUCUUGUGAAGUUGUAUGGUUGUUGCCUUGAAAGCAAUAACCCACUUUUGGUUUAUGAGUACAUGGAUAAUGGAAGCCUUGAUAAAGCACUGUUUGGAACUGGGAAGUUGAACAUAGAUUGGCCAGCACGCUUUGGGAUAUGCUUAGGCAUUGCAAGAGGUCUGGCCUAUCUUCAUGAAGAGUCCAGUAUCCGUGUUGUGCACAGGGACAUCAAGGCCAGUAAUGUCUUACUUGACGCUUAUCUCAAUCCUAAGAUCUCAGAUUUUGGGCUAGCUAAACUUUAUGAUGACAAGAAGACGCAUGUUAGCACAAAAGUUGCUGGUACCUUUGGUUAUCUUGCACCUGAGUAUGCUAUGAGAGGUCGUUUGACCGAGAAAGUUGAUGUCUUUGCAUUUGGCGUGGUCUUAUUGGAGACUUUAGCUGGCCGACCAAACUAUGAUGAUGCUCUUGAAGAAGACAAGAUUUAUAUUUUCGAAUGGGCCUGGGAGCUGUACGAGAACAACUACCCUCUGGGCGUCGUAGACCCAAGGCUCACAGAAUACGACGGUGAGGAGGCGCUCCGGGCCAUCCGCGUCGCCCUCCUCUGCACCCAGGGCUCACCUCACCAGCGGCCGUCCAUGUCGAGGGUCGUAACGAUGCUCGCCGGCGACGUCGAGGUGCCCGAGGUGGUGACGAAGCCGAGCUACAUCACGGAGUGGCAGAUCAAGGGCGGCAACACCAGCUUCAUGGGCAGCGACGUCAGCUGGCGGUCGAGCUCGGCGCCGAGGGAGAUCAUCUCGCCGCAGGAUUCGUCGCCGUUCUUGAGCUCCGUGGAGUAGGGAGAGGUAUGGUGAUUUCGCGCUGCGCUCAGGUGCUUCAUUCAUCGGAUUUAACUUGUCCUGAGAGUGGCACACGAUCUUAUUGUGUGUGCAUGUUCUUCCAAACUGUGUCGCGUAAGGUGCAUAUUCGAAGUACUCCCUUUAUUCUCUUUUGAUCAUCAUAUUUGUUCCAUGCAGCAAGACCAAAGAGAGAGAAACACAUAUUUAACUUGCAUGCGAGAAACACAUCACCAUAUUUAACUAUUGUAUGAAUAAGCGAUUAGAUUGUCUAUAGAUGAUUUGGAGCUAGUAGUUGGCAGCUUGCAUCGGCAACGAGGAAAGGGAGAGAGAUGAGGAAGGGAGAAAAGAUGAGAGGGGGACAAUGUGGGUCCCAUUGUAAUAUUUUUUUUAUUUUUAUCGGACACUCACUGACAUGUGGGUCCUAACUUUUUUUUUUUACUAUAAAUGAUACGUCAACGUUACGUGA